GGUUUGCUUCGGCUUCUGUUCAGUUUCUGUAUCAGUUUCGGGUUCUCAGUUCUGCGAUCUGGUUGUGGCUGUGGUUCAGGCAGUCUAGUCUGGGUGUUUAGUAUUCAGUCUUUGGCGGAGCGCAAAAGAUGUGCGCCGGGCGCGGCGAUCCCACCGAUCCACCGAAUCCAAGGCCGCGGGGAUAAGACGCUUCAUUUGUUCGCCGCCAUGUGCUGUUGGUGUGCACGAGUCUACUGGACGGUUCUGCACAAUCUUCUGGUCCGCCUGCUGGACAACUUGACGGAAAUAAGAUCGCCCCUCUGCUGUAGCUCUUGUUUUGGCUAUCAGCGGCAGUCCGCUGGUGAGGAAGGUGACGUCGCAGCCGUCGAACGGGUUUCCAGCACCGAUGACGCUCCACAUCAGCAGCCCCACCAAGAUUACGUCAUUGUGGAGGAUUCCGAUGCAUUGUAUACGGAGAUUGAAGAGCGGCACGUGGAGAAGGAGCCGUAUUACUUUACGGUGGAUCGUCCCACGGCAGAGCGGAUGCUCCACGGCAGGGAGGACGGCUCCUGCCUGGUUCGACCCUUCAAGGCGGCCGACCAGUGCAUCCGCUACAUAGUGAGCAUCUGGGCGGCCGACCAGUUCUACCACCUGUUCGUGAGACAAGUGGACAGGAGACAGCGCUACGCCAUUGGGCAAAAAAAGCCGCGGGAGCGCUGCUUCGGAUCCCCCUCGGAGAUCGUGGAGUUCUACACGCAGCACCCGCUCCUCUGCACCAACAAAGUGCGGAGCCAGUGCGUCCAACUGCGGCCCAUCAGUUACGCUUAGCUACGGGGUAAUCUUUAUUGCAUAAGAGUGGGCAUAUGUACAAAUGGGUUAGCUUAAGACGCUCCUCAGGUGGCCACCACCGCCUUGAAGGCGCACUGGUUGUUCUGCAUCAGGGCGGGCCACAGGAAGGCUUUUUAUCAGAU